CUCUUGUAAUAAUUGUAAUCUUCUUCUGAAAUUUUUUGUGCCCCAGCUUGAGUCGUCGUGGAGCUAUUCUAUCGGUACGAUUGUUAGAGCAUUACCUGUCUUAUCGUUAUGUAUGGGCCUGCUUUCUACUGCUGCAACAACACACGUCAUAUACGGUCCUGAUCGACGAUAGGAUCAGCAUCUCAACCCCAAAUAUCCGACAUGCGUUUGCUGAGAACCUCGACCAUCGAGGUUGAAGAAUUCAUUGGUCGAGAGAUUCCUGAAUAUGUCAUCUUAUCUCAUACAUGGCAAGAAGAGGAAUGCACUCUUCAAGACGUUCAAUCCGGAGCUGCCAAGGGAAAGAAAGGAUACACCAAGAUCGUAAAGUGCUGUGAAAAGGCUGCUGAGGAUGGCUACUCGUACUGCUGGGUCGAUACCUGCUGUAUCGAUAAAACCAGCUCUGCUGAGCUAUCGGAAGCUAUCAACUCCAUGUACCAGUACUACAAGAAUGCACGCAUCUGUUACGCGUAUCUUGCCGAUUUCGACGCUGCGUUUGACUCCUUGUCUGUCAUGGAGGACUACAGGGGAUUCACGAAAAGCCGUUGGUGGACUCGUGGGUGGACAUUACAAGAGUUGAUUGCUCCGCCGAUCGUGGAAUUCUACACCGCCAAUUGGGUUGAGAUUGGUACGAAGCUUAGCCUCCAGGAGCAGAUCACCGAGAUUACUGGAAUCGACGAGGGUGUGCUGCGAGACGUCGAUCCACUGAGACGCAACGUUGCAGUCAGGAUGUCGUGGGCAGCACAUCGAGUUACUAGCAGGAUCGAAGACCGCGCCUAUUGCUUGAUGGGUAUCUUUGGUGUCAACAUGCCCCUGCUGUACGGAGAAGGGAAUCGAGCUUUCUCACGGCUGCAGGAAGAGAUAUUGAAAGUGCGGGAAGAUUAUUCGUUAUUUGCAUGGUCCCCGGUUCUCUUCUCCAGCCCCAUGAAUCCCCAAAAGGUUUCGAAAGGUAUGUUGGCGGAUUCACCGUCUGACUUCGUCGACUCCAGAGACCACUGGACGAAUAGAAGCCUUUCGAAAUCAGCAAAUUCGCAGUGGAGCUUCCGGGAUUUAUCGAAAAAUUGUUCGUCCUUGUUGACGCCGUCGAAGGAUCACGAACCACCAUAUUUAACCAGCAGGGGUCUCCGCAUCUCGUUGCCUGUCGUAGAGCGCCAAAACAGACAAGUGAAUGCCUGUAUCACACUACUGCGUCCGGAGAACCACGAAAAAAUGAUGUUGUGCAUGACACUGCACCGCUUAGGUCCGAAAUCAGAGCAAUACAUCCGACGAAUAGGUGCUGAUCUUACCUUAUCCCCAAUAAGCUCCAGUGGGAGUUUCAAGUACAGAUCGAUCUACGUUAUACAACCGCCUGUGCGAUCAGACAUACCUCGACCGAUUUCCUCCCCAUCUGGAGCACCUUCUCUACUUCUGGUCAAGAUGAAAGUUAUACCUGGUGAUCAUUUGGUGUGCCAUUGGUCAUCUUGGAUUAAUAUGGAAAGCGUUCUCCGUGCCAGGUUCGGUACCAGUUCCUCAGAUUCAAGUCUAGCCGAUUCAGCAUCGGGCGUGAGCAAGCAAGGAGGAGGCGUCUAUAAGCAUCGGCUAAACAAGAUCGUAGAUGCCACUAUGCAUUUCAAUUGUGAGGACAUACUGAAGUUUGCGUUCAAUAAUCCACCAGAACUCUGCUGGUUUUCUGACGCGGACAAGUCGCGGAGCCACUUGACUACUGGUGUCCGCGGUAUUCUAUGCUUUGGCGAACGCGAGCAUCCCCAUAGUUCUUUUCUUAUCCAGAUAGGUCUGUUUGAUGAUCGUCCACUCUGCAAUGUACUUCAGAAUUUUCCGAAGCCACCAGAGGGAGAAACCUUGGCACCAACUGAAGAGAUGUCAUCCAGCCUGAUAUUAGGUACACUUUCGAGAGAUCGAGUUAUAUUUCAUGGCAAAAGAUCAGAAGCUGAUCAUCCCGACUUGCCAGAUAUCGAGACGACAGUCAGUAUCAGGCGCAUGGCAACAUCUAGCGAGGGAAUUCAGAGAUUCAUGCUGUCAAUUACCCAAAAAAGUGUACCCUUUCAACCUGCUUCCCAGCGAAGAGUCCCCACUAUAGGGAGUGUUGAUAGCUGGGAGGAUCUAACAUCUGGAACUACCAGUGCGUUAGACAGUAUGUUUCUGGGUAGAUAGACUUUAGUCAGGAACACAAUGUAAAGUGCACCAGUUACG